AUGAGAGUUCUCGGCCUCGGACUUGAAGGUUGCCAAAAAUUUUGCGGCCUAAUGGAUAUGCCGCAGUUUUUAUUUCACAGCACAUAUGAUGUUAUUUUAAAAAAUAUUUAUUCCUUUGUCGAAAGUGUUUGUAAAUUAAUUCUCAAAAAUGCUGUAAAAGAAGAAAUUGAAAAAACAUGCAAAGCUAAUAGCAUCGAAGAAACAUCAGAAUUAACAAUUUCCGGGGACGGAACGUGGAAAAAACGAGGCUUCAACUCUCUCUACGGUGUUUCAUCAGUUAUUGGAUACUACAGCGGCAAAGUUCUCGAUGUUAUUAUUAAAAGUUCUUAUUGCAAAAUAUGUGAAUUUUGGAGUAAAAAGGAAGGCACUGAAGAAUUUGAAGAAUGGUUCGAGUCACAUAAAUCCGUAUGUUCAGCAAAUCAUGAAGGAUCGGCGGGAAAGAUGGAAGUUGACGCAAUCACGGAAAUUUUUAAGCGCUCCGUACAAAAUUACAAUGUAAAAUAUGUUAAUUACAUUGGUGACGGAGAUUCGAAGACUUACGCAAGCAUCGUAAAUUCAGAACCUUAUGGCAACGAUAUUUCUAUUAAAAAAAAAGAAUGCAUUGGGCAUGUACAGAAAAAAAUGGGAACACGAUUACGCACGUGCAAGAAAACAACGAAAGGACUCGGCGGCAAAGGAAAACUUACGGCGAAAAUGAUCGACAAGUUAACGGUGUAUUACGGACUAGCUAUUCGUCGACAUUGUGAUUCUAUCCCAGAAAUGCACAAAGCAAUUUGGGCAACGUAUGACCAUUAUAGUUCGACCGAUGAAAAUCCGAGACAUAAUAAGUGCCCAUCUGGAGCCGACUCGUGGUGUAGCUGGCAACGUGCUUCUGCGAGCGGCGAGCUUGAUUCGUUCAAGCACGAUUAUAAAGCUCUUCCUGCAGAUGUGUUGGCAGCAAUAAAACCUAUUUAUGAGAACCUCAGCAAUGAUACUUUAUUAGAAAGAUGCAUUGGUGGAUUUAAUCAAAAUAAUAAUGAGAGCUUCAACCAGCUCAUUUGGAAGAUAAGUCCAAAAAUUUAUCACAGUGGCUCUAAUAUUGUUGAAAUAGCAGCCUACAUCGCAACCUGCAUCUUUAAUGAAGGCACUUCUUCAUUAUUAAAGAUUUUUGAAGCCAUGGGAGUAAAUUGUGGCCCAAAUAUUCAUUUGUAUGCGGCAAAGAAGGAUGAGGAGCGAAUACAAAAAGCUAAUGUCCGCGCGCAAGCAAGUACGCACGAAGCAAGACAGGGUCGUAGGCAAGACCAGCUUGAAGUUUUGGAGAUGGCAGCUGAUGCAGAAAGAUUGUUAUGACCAGGAAUAGAUGAUUCAAUAUAAUCCUGCUUUGAGAUAGAGUGGUCACCGCACAACGCCUCUAAAAAAGGACGUCCACGGCAUCGAUGAAUAUCUCAAUUACUUUUUAUAAUUUGGUCAUAAAAAAAUUAUUAUAGUAUGUCAAAAAUGUA